CCACCUGCGUUCAGUCGAGGUCAUAGGUUAGAGGUUAGCAUUACGGCAGGGUGGCGCAACACCGCAUGACAGCAGUUCAAAUACAGUACAUGUAGUCACCGCCUUAUAUCUACAGUCUACCUGAAUUUACUUGAACCACAGAGGCUGUACCCCCGCGGUCAGGAGUUAGGGUGGGUACCGGUUUCUGUCCGCUUACAGUCAGGCAGCCAGGAAAGAAGCGUCGUGAACUAACGUACUGUCGCCAUGAUGGAGGAACAAGAAGGCCUCCUCAGUACGUCACCCUCACUGAGCAGCACAGAUAAAAGUCUCAACAACCAGUACGGCUCCGUUACCAGGGUUACUGAUGGAGACAACGCCCUUACUGAUCCCCUAGCGGAUUCUACAGAGACUGCAGGGGAGGGGGACCCGGAGUCCGAGGGCGAGGGGUUCAGCUGCACAGGGGGGUCCAGAGUCCGGAUCCUCACUUUUAUCUGCAUCGCCCUGAACAACUUCAUAGCGUUCUGUAGUUAUUCUAUAGUUACUCCCUUCUUCCCGGGAGAGGCUCUCAAAAGAGGAGCUUCGCAGGUCACGGUUGGGUUUAUCAUUGGAAUCUAUGCAAUAAUAGGCUUGAUCUUUGGACCUUUCUUUGGCAAAUAUCUCACAACCAUCGGGUCCAGGUUCAUGUUGAUAAGUGGGCUACUUCUGUCAGGGGGCUGUACUGUUUUGUUUGGUUUCCUGCAGUACACGGAAGGGACCGUUUUCAUAGUUCUUUGCUUCGCUAUCCGUUCUAUUGACGCGCUGGCAGUGUCGGCCUCCAAUACUGCAGGAAUUGCCAUCCUGACACAUACGUUUCCAAACAACGUGGCUACAGUCAUGGGAACUCUGGAAAUAUUUACUGGGCUCGGUUUGAUGGCAGGUCCACCGAUAGGCGGAUUUUUGUACGACGCUGGAGGGUUCAAGCUGCCGUUCCUGGGGUCGGGCGGAGUGCUGCUGUGCUGUGGGGUGUGUUUGUGGAUCAUGGUUCCACCACAGCCAGAUGAGAACGAAGGGGAAAAGAAAACAGGAUCUCUGUUAUCGUUACUGAAGCUGCCGGUCAUCAUAUUUACCUGUGGCGUGUGUAUGGUGAUAUCUUGCACCAUUUCCUUUUUCGACCCGGUUCUGCAACCCUACCUAGCAGACAAGUACACAUAUCUGACCACCACUCAGAUGGGUCUGAUUUUUCUUUUGUAUGCGUCCACGUACGCAAUCCUCGCACCACUGUGGGGCUGGAUUGCAGACAAAAAGAAAGCGAUGCGGUUUAUGGUCAUAAUAGGACUGAUCAUCCUGUCUGCAGCAAUGCUGAUGGUUGGACCGUCCCCUCUUCUGACAGACUACCUCAACGUUUUACCGAAGAAACAACUUUGGAUUAAUCUCAUCGGACUUGCUACAACAUCUUUAGGAGCUGGAGUGGCCAUUGCACCCGUCUUUAAUGAGAUGCUUUAUGCAGCCAGUGAUGCUGGUCUGGAAGACAGCUUUUCGACAAACGCCUUAGUAUCGGGGAUAUUCACCUCAAGCUUUUCGAUUGGGGAGUUUGUCGGUCCGACUGCAAGCAGCGCACUAGUGGAGAAGUUCGGGUUCCCAUGGGCUUCGACUGGACUCGGAGGGUUAAUCGUGCUUUAUACCGUAGUGCUGUUCAUAUUCUACAUCUGUGAUUACUGCUGUUGUCCAAAAAGAAGGCACAUGGGACCGUCCACGGAGGAAGAAAACCAGAGACUACUUAUCAAUGCAUAAGUAGAUACAUGUUGAAUAUAUCAAACGUUGUCAAGAUUGUCAUCGUACUAGAUCUACCUCUAUGUCUGUGUAUAGUGAUUGUGUGCUUUCAUUGUUAAGUUCAGACAUGGAACUCAGGGCAACGUGGUGGAUCAUCUCGUAGGAGCUGCACUAUUAUUGUCUGUCGCUAAAUAGCGCUUUUGAGUUAGCCCGUCAUAAGGCUGGUCCAAAACAAUUGAUAUAUGUCCUACGUGCAAACAAAGGUGUACAAUAUGAGUACUAUUUCUUGAUGACAUAUCCUACUUAAGUUAUAACGAUUAAAAAAUUGUAAGACAAGUGCCAAAUUACCCAAGACAAGUAGAGAGACUUUUUAUGUUUGCCUGUCCAGACACAACAUCUGCAUAGAUCUAUCAUAUUUUUUUACCUCCACGUAAAAAGACAACAACGUAAUACAAGAGAUAUGACUGUAUACGAGAUGUUAACCACCUAAUUGUGUCUUCUAUCAAUUUUGUGUAGCUUAGAAUCUACGUGUAGAUUGUACUAGAUUAAUAUAACUACCCGGUAGUUAUAUACGAAGGUUUACCUUACAUCGCAGCUGUUACAGUAAACUUUGACUUGACCUGUGUAAAUGGACUACCAUUCCUAUCAAGGAUUAUGUGUGUGUGUGAGGGUGGAGGGGGCUUCCUUAGUCCGACUAAGAAGGGUAACAGAACAUACCUGAAAAGUUGAAGUUCCAGAAUUACAAUUGACAAUAUUCCCCACUUUCGAGUCUGCAAAUGAAAAAGGCUAACGCGAUAUACCUCAAAAUCAAUUCAUUCACCUUUGACUAAACGUAUGAAGAAUUAUUUGAUCAUCCACUGAUUAAAAUGGAUGUAAUGUU